AUGCCCGCCGCUCUGGAACAGCUGGAGAAGGACGGGGCGGCCACCCGCUGGGAUGCAGCGGCCAUCGCUGCCCUUCCUGAGGUAGUCGGCUUGAAGUUCUUCCAGGGUGCGGCAGUGGAUCACCUCGUGGAGGUCGAGUUCGCAGGCACCUGCGCCGGCUUUGCCCCGAUGUUUUGGAUCGAUUUGCUCGUCUUCACUUUCGCGCUCUUCUACGUGGACAUCGUGCUUGACGUGAGACAGCUCGUACUCUUUGCAAACAGCCGUUUGCAUGGGUAUCUGAUCCUUAAUCUGGCCGGCAUGACGCUCCCGCCGAUGUUUACCACCAUAGAAGCCAUGCGGUUCUGUGCACACGGCUCGCCGGAGAAGGACCGCCUGGAGCGGCUCCUGUCCCCCACGCUUCUGCUCCCGGCCAUCCUUACGGCCGUCAUCACGCAAACCCUGAUGGCGGUCUUGGUGACGCUGUCCGCUCUGGCUCGCAGGAAGCACCCGCUCCUCGCGGGUGCCAAAAUCGCCGAGGUUGCAGAGUCCGCGGUGUCUGCACUGGUGCAGACGAAUUUUUUAAUCUCCGCUCUAGGCGGGAUCGAACAAAUUCGUGCACUCGAGCUCUCGGAGGACCAGCUCCAAAGCCUAGCGCUCUCCGUAGCCGUCUCCUGUUUCUCGCUUGGCCUCGGCUUCGCCGGCCGCGACAAGGCGGACUCGGCCGUGCUGGACCUCCCCGGCAAGCUGGGGUGGAGCCCAAGCUUUGCCUGCCUGAUUUUCGCCAGAUUUUUGGAGGUCCUCAGUCGCGUCGUGGCCUACAGCGUACUGCAGAUCUCCCUUCGGGGCUAUCCACUUCUGCGUUUCACGGGCCUCGGCGCCGGCGCCUUUGCUUUGUUGGCAGCCCGGGUGGCCUUCCCAGAGGCCUCCUGGGCCGACGUGGCGGCUGCAGUCAUCGCCCACCCGGGCCAGAUCCUGGAGCCACAGUCCUUGUUGAAGCUCCGGUACUCCUUGAUGAUCCACGUGGUGCUGGUGGCUGCCGCUGGUGGCGCCCAGUUGCUGCUGCGCGUGACCACGGCCCCGACAGCAUGCAAGGCCCUUCCGGACAUGCUGCUGAUCGCAUGGCUCGUGGUUAGCCUCGUCAGCUGGGCAGCGCUUGGCCUCCUCAGCUGGCGUGGCCACUCUGUGGACCAGCCGAGCUUUGCGGCUUUGGCAUCAGGAGGCAAGGAGCCUGUCAUCGCCUAUUCAUCGCUACUGGCCGCCUUCCCCAGCUCCGACGGCCAGGUGCCGAAGGCGGUCCUGGCAGCCUUGCAGGGCAACUUUGAAGUUGACUUGACCUCAGACGCCGCGGCCCGGGGCUUGACGCAGCAGGGCCUCGACAGGAUCCUGGCGUCUGGCGCCGACGUGCUCUUCCAUAGCCAUGUGCUUGAGAGCCUGGGCUUCUUCUCUGAAGAGGCGGUGGUCGAUCUCCUCGCCGCGUCGCAGCCCACCACGCUGCACCUUCUUGGUUUCCUGAAAGUCCCGGCAGCGUCUUGGGAGCGCUUGGGCGCGGGUUUGGCCCGGCACGGGGAGCGCCUCCGAAAGGCGAAUCUCUAUUCGUGCUUCCGCUGGGGCUUCCAUUCAAAUUCUGGCGCGGGCUCCAGGGCGCUGCUGGCCGGGCUUGCGCGCUGCCGGAACCUGAAGGAGCUGGUCAUGGACUUUUGCGACGAAGUCCCGGCCACGGCCUGGGCAGAGCUCCGAGCUGCGGAGUGGCCGGAGCUCCGGAAGGCCAGCUUCAGAUGGUGUUUCCCUUCCUCUCGCAGUGGCGGCGGCGAGGGCUCGCAGGACCUGCUGUCGGCUCUGGGCCGCUCCAAGCAGCUGGAGGCUGUGAACUUCGAUUUGUGCGAUGCGAUCCCCGACGCGGCCUGGAAGCUGCUUGCGGACGGCGCCUGGCCUCGCCUCCGGCUUGCAACAGGCGUCCCGGAGGAGCACCGGGAGAGGCUCCGCGGAGCUUCUUUGGACAUCGAAGCUGCAGGCGAGGUGGCAAGCUCCACGGAGCUGCAGGAGCACGGGGCCAAGCAGGUGCCGAUGCACCCGGCUUUCGUCACCUCGGUGCUGAUGCCGGAUGCAGCACUGGAAGUGCAGCAAGAUGGCAACCUGCUGCCGGCGCUGGCCCACUGUCCCGGCGUGGAGGAGCUGAUUUUGAAUUGGUGCGAAGACAUCCCCGCCGCCGUGUGGGAGAAGCUCGGCGGCCAGGGUGAGGCGUUCCAGCAGCUCAGGAAGGCGAGCUUCAGAGGGUGCUUCCGCGACAACUCCAAGGGAGCGGAGGGCGCUGGAGGGCUGCUCUCAGCCCUGAGCCGCUGCCAGCACCUCCAGGACCUCGACAUGCGCGGCUGCGUUGGAAUCCCGGCUGCGGCGUGGCAGCAGCUCGUGGCCGAUGCGAAGUGGCCCAAGCUCGCCUGCGUGAACUUGGACUGGUGCUUCGGCAGCGAGUCCAAAGGCAUCGAGGCUGCGGCCGGGCUCCUCGCCUUCCUCGGCCGCUGCCCCGAGCUGAAGGAAUUGAGCUUUUACGACUGCAACCAGAUCUGGGCAGCGGCGUGGCAGCAGCUCGAGAAAGCCACAUGGCAGAAGCUCGCGAAGGUGAACUUCGACGGGUGCUUCGGCGAAGAUUCCAGGGGCGCCGACUGUGCGGCCGGGCUCCUCGCGGCCCUGGCCCGCUGCCCUGACUUGAAGGACCAGGAGAUCUACGGCUUGUCAGACGAGCACUUGGAAGAGCUGCGCCGCCUGCGCCAAGGCGCGUGA